AGUUACAAUCUCGCGACAGUUGCCGAGCUCCUGUUUACACCAUUAAGAGCCCGGGAGGCAGGUGUCUGUGGCGGGUACCGACAGGAGAAACCGUGAACCGGACAGGUCGACAGUUUCCUGGUUAUUGACCCACCGAGCCGCUGUGUAUCCAGACCAGCAGCAAGAUGGCAGAUGACCUGGACAUCGAGGCGAUGCUGGAGGCUCCGUACAGGAAGACUUGCCUAACGAUUUCUCACCUCUGCUCCCCUGAAUGCCAGUGUGAUCUGUCACAGACAUGAAGGACGACGCCAAGAACCCGAAUCCCAACGGGCAGGAGGAGCACAGCAAGAGCAGGAAGAAGCGCAGCCACAGUCGCAGCCGUGAAAGGAAGUGCAGCCGCAGUCGAGACAGGAAGAGAAGCCGCAGCCGAGAACGCAAACGCAGCCGAGACAGACGGAGAAGCCGCAGCCGAGAGCGCCGCCGCAGCUGCAGCAAGAGCCGAGAGAGGGGGGGGCGCUACAGGGAGCAUCACAAACACCGUCGGCGGUCCAGGAGUAAGAGUCCUGUCAGGAAGGAGAAGAGUCCAAUAAGGCAGCCGAUAGAUAACCUGACUCCAGAGGAGCGCGAUGCCAGGACGGUGUUCUGCAUGCAGCUGGCAGCCAGGAUACGACCCAGAGACCUGGAGGAGUUCUUCUCUGCUGUGGGGAAGGUUCGGGACGUGAGGAUGAUCUCAGACAGGAAUUCGCGCAGGUCAAAGGGCAUCGCCUACAUCGAGUUUGUGGAGGCCAACUCUGUCCCUCUGGCCAUCGGGCUGACGGGGCAAAGGCUGCUGGGAGUUCCCAUCAUUGUACAGGCCUCGCAGGCAGAGAAGAACAGAGCAGCAGCUGCAGCCAACAACCUGCAGAAAGGAACAUCUGGACCCAUGAGGCUCUACAUCGGAUCUCUGCACUUCAACAUCACCGAGGAGAUGCUGAGAGGAAUCUUUGAACCGUUUGGACGGAUCGAGAGCAUCCAGCUGAUGAUGGACAGUGAGACCGGACGCUCCAAAGGAUACGGCUUCAUCACAUUUGCAGAUGCAGAAUGUGCUAAGAAAGCUCUGGAGCAGCUGAACGGCUUCGAGUUGGCGGGUCGGCCCAUGAAGGUGGGUCAUGUGACAGAGCGGACCGAUGCCUCCACCGCCUCUUCUUUCCUCGACAGCGACGAACUCGAGCGAACCGGCAUCGACCUCGGAACCACCGGACGGCUGCAGCUCAUGGCCCGACUUGCAGAGGGUACAGGUCUGCAGAUCCCCCCUGCAGCUCAGCAGGCUCUGCAGAUGAGCGGAGCGAUCGCUAUCGGAGCCAUGGCUGCUGUAUCAGCUGCCAUGAAUCCAGCUCUCAACAUGAACUCUGCAGCUCUGAAUCUUCCCUGUCAGCCGCUCGCUACACACUGCUUCCAGCUGUCCAACAUGUUCUCCAACAGUGAGGACCACCCUGGGUGGGAGGGGGAUAUUCAGCAUGAUGUCAUAGAGGAGUGUAACAAACAUGGCGGAGUCGUUCACAUCUACGUCGACAAGAACUCCACUGAGGGUAACGUGUAUGUCAAGUGUCCCUCGAUCCCAGCCGCCAUGGCCGCCGUCAACGCCCUCCAUGGAAGAUACUUUGCUGGUAAAGUGAUCACGGCGGCGUUCGUCCCUCUGCCCGCCUACCACCAGCUGUUCCCAGAGUCCGCCACCGCCACACAGCUGCUGGCCCCGCCCCCGCGCCGGUGACUCAUCCGACGCUGCCUCUGAUUGGACACUGGACAUUAUACCCCACCCCCUUUUAUAUCCUCCUCUCUUAUUGGUUGACACAAAUGUUUACUUACUGGUUCCAGCUGUUGAUUUCAUUAGCAUUUGUGGGCGUGGCGUCCCGCCAGCCCCGCCUCUGUUAUAUUGUCCAAUGAUUGAGCUCCGUGAGCUGCGAGGCCGGCUGAAGAUGAAGUCAGCUGAUUGGUCGUUAUUUAACUGUUUUCUAAGAUUUGAUUAAAUUUUAUUUUGAAGUCAAA